UACUUCCAGAUAAAAAUGAAUGGUGCAAUUUAAAAGUAUUUCGGGGAUAACUACGUCAGGCUAGUGACACAAAUCACAAGCUGGUAUUUUCCUUAAACACAAACGGUUACACUGAGCAACUUUUAAACUUUUAAAGCAAUUUUCCGGCGAAAUGCAGCGUUCCAAGCACGAGGACAAAGAUGAGAGCGCCAGUGCCACAAGCAACUUGAAUUCAAGCACUGGCAGCAACAGCAACGAUGCUGCUGCAACUGUAGUCACCGCCUCAGCGGCUGCUGCCGUUCACAACUCCACGCCAGCGAAUGCCACUGUGCAAGCGUCGCACUUGCCGGCUCCAGCCCGAACCCCAGCCGCAGUGCCAGUGCCAGUUACACCGCCUGUGGCGGAGGCUGUGCCCAAGCCAGAAGUAGGCGCCACUAGUGAUGCCCAAGAUGUGGAAUUCGGUCAGCCAGGCCAGCCGCCUCGUCGGUUCGAUGUGUGUUAAAAGUGCAGCAAAAUGAAAGUGAAGCGUGGCUCUGGUCACAAGAGUAAUUUUCUCGCAUGCAAGAGUUGCCAGCAAAAAUGGCAUUUUAACUGCCUUCCGCUCAAAUUUGAUGUCCUGGCCGUUGCACGCAAGAAGUACAAGUGCCCGGCUUUCCGCUACUGCCGCGUUUGCGGUACUAAGGGCAAAGAUCUGGCCAUCUGCUCUGAGUGCGUAUAUUCCUACCACCGCGAUUGCCAUGAUCCGCCAUUGGCCGCCUCUAGUCAUGGCGAGAGCCAGUGGAAAUGCCACGGCUGCGAGUUCGGCACUAACAACCAUAACAACUAUUCGGCCAGUAAAGUUUCUGGACGCAAAUCACAUAGGGGACGCAAGAGGCGCGCCCAGUCGGAUCCCGCUGGUCAGGAGCAGUCGCCACCAGCCAAGCAGGCAAACUUCAGCAAGAAUCGAAGGAGCAGUCAACAAAAGCAGACAGCUCUAGAACCAGCCACCAAGAAUGGUGAACCAAAGGAAGAGGAAAACUCAAAAAAGAGAAAAUCGAGGGCAAGGGCGACAGUGAGAGUGAGGGCGAGAAAAAUCGUAUGUCUUCGGAUGAACUUAAUGUGUCAAUGGAGCCUUUUGUAGUUGAGGAGAUCAACGAGGAGACUAACGAAGAGCCAGAAAUAAAUCUGGAUGAACCUGUACAAGAACAAUUUGAUGAAAAUGGGCCAGAAAAUCAGGCCGAAGGAGCUCUCCCCGAGGGAGAGUCAGAAAUGCCGCUGGAGAACAUGGACUAGCAGCCAUUGGAAGCCACUGCCAGCGAUGAUGAUGAAAUCAUUGUUGUCAUUGUUCAGCUGCCACCAGAACGACCAACGGAUGCAGAAUUCGUUUUAUUUGUUUUUUUCGGAUGAACACGAAAAGUCUCCAAAUUUUUAGUUACAUAAAUGUUCGCGUUUAUUAGGUUUUAUUCUCAACUCAAAGACAAUAAUUUUUGUGUACGAAAAUGUUUUCGAUACAGAAAUGAUGAUACUGUCUUUCUCUAGUCAGAAGUAGACAAAUUUCCUACAUCGUUUCUGGAAUAUUCCCUGAAGGACAUAUAAUUUAAAUGUACAUUUAGCGUAGCCUCUGCAGGAUUUCUGAAAAUGUAUAAAACUACACAAGCUAAAUUUAAAUUUUGGAAAAGGAUAGAUAUUUCCCUCUAGAGGAAUUCUGAAUAUGUAUACCACGAAUCGUGAAGAAAAUUUAAGUUAAAUAUAAAUUAAAUGCAAAGAAAGAAGAAGUUAAGAAGUUAAGUUUGUCUUCAAGAAUUCCAAAAAUGUAUAAAACAAAGUCUUAAGGCAUUUCCGAUUUAAUAAACGUUAAGAUAUUUACCUGUCCAGAAACACAAAAAAGGUAUAAAUCGAAUCCCAAAAGGAAUGAAUUGUAUUCUCACAACGAAUCCUGAAUUAAAUUUUAUUUAAAUCUAAAUUUAAUUAAAGGAAAGAAAUGUACCCUCUCCAGGAAUUCUGAAAAAUGUAAAAAAUGG